AUGGCUAAGAUGUUUGACAAUAAUGUUACCGACCAUAAGCUAAAUGUGGAAGCCAUAAUUAAAAAUAUUAACACAAUUUCUUUGGAGUUGAAGAAAAUGAAAGAGCUGUCCCAGUUACUGCUUUGUGACCUUACCCUAUGUUUUAGUCAUCCCGUGAAGACGGAUGAUUUAAAGGAAACAGAAAGAAACAACCCCCUCUUUGAAGAGUCUAAAAUGUCAGAUGUAUCUCUUGCUUCUAACAGUUUUUUAAUCUGA